GAAAUCUUGAUUCCCCCACAAUAAAAGAGGAAAUGGGGGUAGGGUAAGAGAACUGUCUCUUUUCCCCCUUGCUUUCUUCGAGUUUAGGAAAAAAGACUGGAUCGUGGGGAAGAGAAGAGGAAUUUCCCUGAAACUCUUUGUAUGCCCCCCUUCCUUUCAAUAGGAACUGGGCCUGGGGCCAGUUGGCAGGGCCCUUGGCAGCUGUGCUUGGGCAAGAGGCAUGGACGGACGAGGUUAUAAGGGAGGGUGUUGCCAGGAUUUCUCUGUCACACAAUGGGCAGACAAAUCACGCUUGGAUGCCUGGGAUCCCCAUCCAGGGUGGCUGAAGCUGGGGAAGCAGGAAGAAGGAAGCUCUGGUUCUAACUAAACAACAUAAGUCCCCACCUUCCCCUGCCCAGCUAGAUUUCUAGCCUCCAAGGCAUCCAGUUCAUCGUUCUGCCCCCUGGCCCAUCUGUGUCCUGCUGUGUCCAUGUGUAUCUUUCCAUCAUCCAAUCACUUUCCCCAUUCCCCCCAGGCUCCGUGAGCACCAGAGUGGGGAGGGGGUGGGGCCAUCAUGUCAUCGUAUCAGAAGGAACUGGAGAAAUACAGAGACAUAGAUGAAGAUGAGAUUCUAAAGACCUUGAGCCCCGAGGAGCUGGAGCAGCUGGACUGCGAGCUACAGGAGAUGGACCCUGAGAACAUGCUCCUGCCCGCUGGACUAAGACAACGUGACCAGACAAAGAAGAGCCCAACGGGGCCACUGGACCGGGAUGCCCUUUUGCAGUAUCUGGAACAGCAGGCACUAGAGGUCAAAGAACGUGAUGACUUGGUGCCCUUCACAGGCGAGAAGAAGGGGAAACCCUACAUUCAGCCCAAGAGGGAAAUUCCUGCACAGGAGCAGAUCACUCUGGAGCCUGAACUGGAAGAGGCAUUGGCCCAUGCCACAGAUGCCGAAAUGUGUGAUAUUGCAGCAAUUCUGGGCAUGUACACACUGAUGAGCAACAAGCAAUACUAUGACGCCAUCUGCAGCGGAGAAAUCUGCAACACCGAAGGCAUUAGCAGUGUGGUGCAGCCUGACAAGUACAAGCCGGUGCCAGAUGAGCCCCCAAAUCCCACAAACAUUGAGGAGAUACUAAAGAGCGUUCGAAACAAUGACAAGGAGCUGGAGGAGGUGAACCUCAAUAACAUACAGGACAUCCCAAUACCCAUGCUAACUGAGUUGUGUGAGGCCAUGAAGACAAAUACCUAUGUCCGGAGCCUCAGUCUGGUGGCCACAAGGAGUGGUGACCCCAUCGCCAAUGCGGUGGCUGACAUGUUGCGUGAGAAUCGUAGCCUCCAGAGCCUGAACAUUGAAUCCAACUUCAUUAGCAGCACAGGGCUCAUGGCUGUGCUGAAGGCAGUUCGGGAAAAUGCCACACUCACUGAGCUCCGUGUAGACAACCAGCGCCAGUGGCCUGGCGAUGCAGUGGAGAUGGAGAUGGCCACCGUGCUCGAGCAGUGUCCCUCCAUUGUCCGCUUUGGCUACCACUUCACACAGCAGGGGCCACGUGCUCGGGCAGCCCAGGCCAUGACCCGGAACAAUGAACUACGUCGCCAGCAAAAAAAGAGAUAACACUUCCUUUCCCUUUACCAACCAGAGCUGGAAGCCCUGAAUGCUUAAAUCCUCA